AUGGUGAACAAAAGGUUGAAUGAUUGUGGUGUCACAGAUGAAGUUUGUGAUGCUCUGGCUUCUGCUCUGAGAUCAAACCUCUCACACCUGGGAAAGCUGGAUCUGUCUGGGAAUAAACUAGAUGACUUUGCAAUCAAGAUGCUUUAUGCUGGACUGGAAAAAAAUUCAAUGAAGGUUAAGAAACCAGACUCACCAGCUCCCAGCUGUGUGUCCAUAAACAGUGGCCAGUCAAUAGAGCAUCCAGUGUUCUUUAAGGAUGGAGACACCUCUGUACACGGCUCUGACUGUCAAAAUGCUGAAGUCCGCAUCAAACUGAAAUCAGACCUGAAGACAAAGUCUCAGUGUUUCCAUGAGGGAAUAGAAAAGCAAGGAACCCCAACAUUCCUCAAUGAGACUUAUACUGAGCUCUACAUCACAGAAGGUGGAGGUGGAGAGAUCAAUAAUGAACAUGAGAUAAGCUGGGUUGAAAAAGCUUCCAGGAAAGCCACAGCGGAGGACACCCCAAUCAACUGCAAUGACAUUUUCAAACCUUUACAUGGACAAAACCAACCCAUCAGAACUGUGCUGACUAAAGGAGUCGCUGGCAUUGGAAAAACAGUGUCUGUACAGAAGUUCAUUCUGGACUGGGCUGAAGGGAAAGCGAAUCAGGAUGUCCACCUCAUAUUUCCACUUCCUUUCAGAGAGCUCAAUUUGCUGAAGGACAAAACAUUCAGUCUUAAAGGUCUUCUAGAGUUUUUCAUGGGCACAAAACAACUGCAAAUCUCUCCAAAUUAUUGUAAAACCAUUUUCAUCUUUGAUGGUUUGGAUGAGUGUCGUCUGUCUUUGGAUUUUCAGAACAACAUGAGGUUGUGUGAUGUGACUGAAUCAGCUUCAGUGGAUGUGCUGCUGACGAACCUCAUUGUGGGGAAUCUGCUUCCCUCUGCUCUCAUCUGGAUCACCUCCAGACCAGCAGCAGCUGAUCUCGUCCCCUCUGAGUUUGUUGAUCGAGUGACAGAGGUACGAGGCUUCAGUGACCCACAGAAGGAGGAAUACUUCAGGAAGAGAAUCAGAGAUCAGAGUCUGGCCAAUCAAAUAAUCUCACACCUGAAGUCCUCGAGGAGCCUCUACAUCAUGUGCCACAUCCCAGUGUUCUGCUGGAUCUCAGCCACUGUCCUAGAAAAGAUGUUGAAUCGAGCAGAGAGUGGAGAGAUUCCCAAGACUCUCACUCAAAUGUACACACACUUCCUGAUCCUUCAGACCAACAUCAAACAUGAGAAGGACUAUGAGAAGAAAUUGACAGAUGAAGACAUGAUCUUCAAACUGGGGAAACUGGCUUUUCAAGAGCUUAUGAAACACAGUGUGAUCUUCUAUGAAGAAGAUCUGACAGAGUGUGGCAUUGAUGUGACAGAAGCAUCAGUGUACUCUGGGUUGUGCACUCAGAUCUUCAGAGAGGAGUUUGGUCUGUGUCAGAGGAAAGUCUACUGCUUUGUUCACCUCAGCAUUCAGGAACAUCUAGCAGCUCUGUAUGUGUUGUUUUCAUUCAGUUUGAAAAAUGUAGAUGUUCUCAGUGAAUACCAGGCCUUAAAAUACAAUGUUCAGUCCCCAGCAUGCUUCACAAUCUAUGAGAGGGCUGUUGAAGAGGCUUUGCAAAGUAAAAAUGGCCAUCUUGACCUCUUCCUUCGCUUCCUUCUGGGUCUCUCGUUAGAGUCCAAUCAAACUCUUUUUAAGUGCCUACUAACGCAAACAGGAGGAAUGGCUCACAAUACAGAGGAAAUUAUCCAGUAUGUCAAGAAGAAGAUUAGAGAAAAUCUUUAUCCAGAUAAAUCCAUCAAUCUGUUUCACUGUCUGAAUGAACUAGGUGAUCAUACUCUGGAAAAUGAAAUCCAAGACUAUCUGAGCUCAGGGACGAUAAGAGAUGCCAUUCUGUCUCCGUCACAAUGGUCAGCUCUGGUUUUUGUGUUGCUUACUUCAGAGCAGCUGGAAGAGUUUGAAUUAAAGGAAUACAUCAGGGAUGAGUUCAACCAAAUACACAUCACACAGGAUCAAGUUCUCCAUAAUCUACUGCCUGUGGUUGAAGCAUCCAGAUCAGCUCAGUUGUGGCGGUGUGAUAUCACAGAUGAAGGUUGUGCUGCUCUGGCUUUUGCCCUGAAUUCGAACCCCUCACAUCUGAGAGAGCUGGAUCUGUCUGAGAAUAACCUAGGAGAUCAAGGCAUGAAGCUUUUCUCUGAUGCACUACAAAAUCCUCAGUGUAAACUUGAGACACUGAAGCUGAGAUUGUGUAACUUAUCAGAUGAAAGUUGUGAAGCUCUGACUUCUGCUCUGAGAUCAAACCCCUCACACCUGAGAGAGUUGGAUCUGUCUGAGAAUGAAUUGGGAGAUGAAGGCAUACAAUUUCUCUCUGAUGGACUCAGGAGUCAUUUUUGUAUGUUGGAGAUAUUAUGGCUGAAGAAGUGUGAUAUAACAGAUGAAGGUUGUGCUGCUCUGGCUUCAGCUCUGACAUCAAAUCCCUCACACCUGAGAAAGCUGGAUCUGUCUGAGAAUGAAUUGGGAGAUGCAGGGGUACAAUUUCUCUCUGAUGGACUCAGGAAUUCUCUUUGUAACCUGGAGAUAUUGUGGCUGAGGGAGUGUGAUAUAACAGAUGAAGGUUGUGCUGCUCUGGCUUCAGCUCUGACAUCAAAUCCCUCACAUCUGAAAGAGCUGGAUCUGACUAAAAAUAAACUCACAGAGACGGGCACUGACCUGCUCACUGCUAUAAAGUUCAAUCCACACUAUAAACUGGAAAAAUUACAGUAA